UUUCUUUCUUUCUCCGUCUCUCUAAUCUCUCUCUCUUACCCAAUCUUUCUUUCUUUCUUAUUACUUGCGUUCCCUAAUCUUUCUUUCUUUCUCUGUUGCUGCGAAAAAGAAAACAGAAAAAUCCACAAACAAUCAUGAAACGCAAGAACAUCGAUCAUGAUGAUGUUGUUGUUUUUGGUGUCCGUCUCUCACUAGGUGGUUGUGGUGGUUCUUGUCAUUUGCAAGAUGAUGUUUUUACCAAGAACAUCAUCAACAACUCUGUUACAAAUGAUGAUGUUGAAGAUGGUGUUGUUUUUGCCAAGAACAUCAUCAACAACUCUGUUACAAAUGAUGAUGUUGAAGAUGCUGUUGUUUUUACCAAGAACAUCAUCAACAACUCUGUAUGUCUCUGUCUAUCUUUAGCCGCUGCUGAUAGUGCCUCGUGCCGUUUUCCAUUCCAUUGUGAGACCAGCGAUGGUGAAACUCAUUUGGCAAAGAAACGGAAACUUUCCCUGCAAGGAACAAAAAAGAACAACGUAUGCAAUGCUGUUCCUGCUAUUGUUCAUGUUCCUCUUCCUGUUGCAAGAAGACCAAGAAACUGGAAUUGUUCAACUGGGUUGGAACUUUUUGAUGAUCCAUGGAAAAUCAAGAAAGUGUUGAAACAAACCGAUCUCGGCAGUAACUGUAAUAUCUUGAUCAAGAGAGAAUUGGCGAAAGAUUUCAUUGUUCCGGUCUUGGGUGGUCGUCAAAUUUGUGAGAAUAGAGACGUUCGUGUUCCGGUAUGGGAUUUAGACACAAACUCUGUCCAUUCUCUUGUUUUCACCAUUCGCCCUUCGAAUCAAAGCCAUGUCUUUAAAGACACGUGGAUCAGAGAUUUCGUCCUUCGAAGGAACUUAAAGAUUGGAGAUGAAAUCGGAUUACUUUGGGAUCAAUACAACUGUCAGUUUGUUUUCUCGGUUCUCCGUGCCUAUUGUUGUCAUCAAGUCAGAGGAGAUCAACAUUAGUAGUUAUGAUUGUGGGUAGUUAUUAUUCAUUAUGAUGUUGGGUCUGUAUCAAAAUUAGGAUGAUCAAAGGAGACCAACAUUAGUAUUUAGUUAACAACAUCAUGAGUUGUCUCUACUCUCUACAUCAUUGUUAAUUUUAGAGUAUAGCUAGCACAAACCCUCUGUUUGAUAGGUUCAUGAUUUGUUAAAUACUAUUAAUUUGUUUAUCUUCAUACAAAUUUUGUUGUCCAAUUGGUUUUUCAUCAAUUGAGAACAUAUGUUGAAUCCUGUAUUCUUUGUGCACAACUUGAAUGAAGUUUAACUAUUGCAGUUAUAUUAUAUAAAUGAAUAAGUGACAUUUUCUG